CCCAGGUGGCGCUCGAUUACAACAAUUUCUCAAACUGUCAAAAAGUAAACUUUUUAGGUGUGAUUCACUUCGAUAAUCUCUAAAAAUAAAUUGUAAUUGGCCAAAAAACCUCUGGACAAUUAAAAACAAUGCUUGGGAAAUAAUUUUGGGCGAAAUUGGUGCAAAGAUCAUCUUGCUACGUUAACAAUUUAAUUGACAGUUAAAAUUCAAGUGCAAUUACAUAUUUUUAAGGACAAAUUAAGUGAUUUAAGUGAACAUGGCAUCUGGUAGUACUUUAACAAAGGCCAUAGAAUUAGUUACCAAAGCCACUGAAGAGGACAGAAAUAAAAACUAUGAGGAGGCAUUACGAUUGUAUGAACAUGGAGUCGAGUAUUUCCUGCAUGCCCUGAAAUAUGAGGCUCAGGGGGAGAAGGCUAAAGAAAGUAUUAGGGCUAAAUGUGUACAGUAUCUUGAACGAGCUGAAAGCCUUAAAGAAGCUGUUCGAAAAGGCAAAAAGAAGCCCAUAAAGGAUGGGGAAUCAAACUCAAAAGAUGGCAAGAAAAGUGAUAGUGAUGAUGAAGAUGGUGAUGAUCCUGAAAAGAAAAAGCUACAGAACAAGUUAGAGGGUGCUAUUGUGGUGGAAAAACCACACGUAAAGUGGAGUGAUGUUGCUGGUUUAGAUGCGGCUAAAGAAGCCCUAAAAGAGGCUGUUAUUUUGCCUAUUAGGUUUCCACAUCUUUUUAGUGGCAAAAGAGUCCCUUGGAAAGGAAUCUUGCUUUUUGGGCCUCCAGGUACAGGUAAAUCGUACCUGGCCAAGGCGGUGGCCACCGAAGCCAACAACUCCACUUUCUUUUCCGUCUCGUCGUCCGAUCUGGUGUCGAAAUGGCUCGGCGAGUCCGAAAAACUGGUGAAAAACCUGUUCGAUCUCGCGCGCACCCACAAACCCAGCAUCAUUUUCAUCGACGAAAUCGAUUCCCUCUGCUCGUCGAGGUCCGACAACGAAUCAGAAUCCGCCAGGAGAAUCAAAACCGAGUUUUUGGUCCAAAUGCAAGGUGUUGGUCACGAUACUGACGGUAUCUUGGUGCUGGGCGCCACGAAUAUACCGUGGGUGUUGGAUUCGGCCAUCCGCAGAAGAUUCGAGAAACGUAUUUACAUACCGUUGCCCGAGGAACCUGCGCGAGCCACCAUGUUCAAGCUGCAUUUAGGCAACACACACACCGAACUGACCGACGAGGAUGUCAAGGAGCUGGCUAAAAGAACGGAUGGAUAUUCCGGAGCCGAUAUUAGUAUCGUGGUGCGCGACGCGCUUAUGCAACCAGUGAGAAAAGUACAGACGGCUACGCAUUUCAAGAAAGUCCGCGGCCCCAGCCCGAAAGAUCCAAACGUCAUUGUCGACGAUUUACUUACGCCUUGCUCCCCAGGCGACCCGGGCGCCAUCGAGAUGACCUGGAUGGAUAUUGACGGAGAAAAAUUGGGGGAACCACCCGUCACGUUGAAUGAUAUGUUGAGGUCCAUUGCAACGUCCAAACCGACAGUAAACGAAGCAGAUUUAGCGAAGCUUACAAAGUUUGCAGAAGAUUUCGGUCAAGAAGGGUAA